AUGCUCCGUGGAAAGUUCGGGAACUCUGGCCUGGCCYCCCCCCCCCCCCGCACGUCGGGCGCGUUCCCCACCCGCCCCAGCGUCCCCUGUCCCGAUGUGAAAGGGGGCGAUAGCCCCGCAGACCCGGAGGACCCGCGGGGCCCCGCGCCCCCAGCCCCGGAGGAGCCCCGGAGCCCGGCGCCCCCUGAGCGCCCUGCGCUCCCGCAGCUCCCGCGCCGCCCGCAGCUGCUGGCCGAGGACGGCGGGCCCGGCGAGGGCGCGGCGGCGGCGGGGAGCGGGCCGGGCCCCGGGGAUGCCCAGGUCGCGCCCGCAGCCCCCGCGCAGCCCGAGCGCCCUGCCGGCCCGGGACCCACGGCGGCCGGCGGCGGGGCACCCAUCGGCUUCGAGGCCGAGCCCCCGCCCUACGCGCCGCCCGAGCCCAAGGCCGCGCCACCGCUCUACCCGCCCUUCCCGCAGGUGCCCCUGCUGCUCCAGCCCGCGCCCGCCGCGCUCUACCCGCCGCCCGCCGCCGCCUACCCCUUCCCCGUGUACCACAGCCCUCUGGCUGCUGUGCCAGCACCCCCCUCAGUGGAGCACAGGCCUCUGCCCAAGGACUACAUGAUGGAGUCGGUGCUGGUGACCCUCUUCUGCUGCUUUCUCACUGGGCUGAUCGCUGUCGUGUACUCCCACGAGACCCGUGCAGCCCUGGGCAGGGGCGAUCUCGUCCAGGCUGCGGAGGCCUCGCGGAAGGCCCGCUCGCUCGUGCUCUUCAGCUUGCUGUUUGGGGUCUUCGUGUCCACCAGCUGGGUCAUCUAUGUUGUGGUGGCCCUCUACCUCCCCUGA